GACAAGGGCAAAACAUGGCGGCGCCGUCCAAGAAAGUGUUCGAGGUCUUCGUGUCUAAAGUACCAUGGACUAUAGCCGGCAAGGAGAUGAGGGAGUACUUUACACAGUUCGGCCCCGUGAAGAAGUGUCUGCUUCCAUUUGAUAAAGACUCCGGCUUCCACAGAGGCUUCUGCUGGGUGGGCUUCUCUACAGAGGAAGGGCUGAACAACGCAUUGCAGAAAGACCCGCACGUGCUGGAGGGAGCUAAGCUGCAGGUUCAGAGGAACAGACGUCCGUUUGCAGGGCAGAGGUCAAACAGAGACGGAGAACAGGACUGAAGCUCCGUGAUCCUGCUGUGUGACGAGACCGACACACUGCUGCUGCUGCUGUUGCCCGGCCCCAGCUCACUAAGACUGUGUUUGCUCCUGCUGCCUCAGCUGCUGGAUAUAUGUGGGGCAUUUGGACCAGUACACCUGGGUUGGUGUUUUGAUCUCCAUUCUGAAGAAUGACCCAAGUGUGUUCCUCCUUCACCUUCAGUGACUGUGGGCCUGACCAUGAUUGCCAUUGUUUGAAUGCGCUGUGUAGUAGUAGUAGUAGUAGUAGUAGUAGUAGUAAUAAUAAUAGUCCUUAUUGUCGUUGAUAGUGUUGUACUUCCUGUAAGCAUCCUGUCACAGUAAAUAGCAGGUUAAUGCCAACUUUAUAAAACACCAUUCACUGAUCUCCAGUGUUGGAAUCUACUGUGUCUUCUGUCGUGAGAUAACCUGUACCGUAGUAUUUCAUUUAGUGGUUUUACUCGAGUACUUCCUUCACUACUGCCUUUUGGACACGACCAAACCAUGGAUAGUAGCUGGUGGAGCAGGUUGAAUGAUUGGCCACCAGGGGGCAGUAAACUCCUGCAGCGGUGGGGGAAGUACUCUAAUCCCUAAUUGAAAGUACCAAUACCACACUGUAGAAAUACUGCAUUACACUCCAAAGUAAAGGUCCUGCAUUCCAAAUCCUACUUAAAACAUAUAAGUAAGUUUAAUCAGGAAGAAGCAGAAGUAGUUGUGCAAUGACAGAUAAAUAUGAUGAGGUCAUUAUUACGGAUGCAGUAAUGUGUAAAUAGCGUCGGUGUAGUCGGUGGAGGUGGAGCUAAUUUACACGUUUUCUAUUGGACAGCACCUAUUGAUAAUUUAGAUUAUGGAUUAGUCUGAUGAUUAUGUUCUUGAUUCAUGAGAAAUGAUGUCACAAAUUACCCAGAGGCCAAAGUGAUGCGUUCACAAUGCUUUGUCCAAACAAUAGUCUAAACGUCGAAAGUCAUCAUGAAAAGAUGACGAGAUGUUCUGUCAAUCGACUUAUUGAUGAACAGAAUCUGUCGGGUAGUGUUCUUUUUACCAAAGCAGGUUUUAUUUGCACUUCAUAUAUUUUUAUGCAAAUAUUUUGUUUGUUCAGUAAAAAGUAGGCAACGGAUAUCUGAACUGUGUAGAAGUAACCCUACAGUAUACAAGUACUAUACUGGAGUAAAUGUACUUAGUUACAUUAUAUACUGCCAAACGGGCAUAUAAACGUGUACAUUCGAGCAUUUCUCCCACGGUGCUCUGGUGUUGCCCACUGGUCUGGCUUUUCAAGAGAAAAUCAAUUACCUUUUUUUAAAAUUAACGUUUGACGUCAAGGUUUUGAUGAGAAAAUUAAUAUGUAAUAUAUUCUUCGGUGAGCUUCGUGGACCACAAACACCCUCUGCACGGCGAGCUGAUCACGAGCACCUUGAUCAGAGUCACCACCACGACGCACCAGCUCCUCUACCUCACCAGAGACCGUCUGAGCCUGCUACAGUAGAAAUGGUGGGUGGCCAACAUGGGCGGUAGGUUGGAGGAGUGGAUUAGCAGCUUGAAGGUUGCUGGUUUGAAUCCCUAGCCAGAUAUCACAAACAUCUGGUAAAAUAACAGUAAUAUUAGAUGCAGGCUCAUGCUGUUGUGCCCUCAUUCCUUCCCAGUUUCUGGCAGCGUGUUGUGUACGGGGUGUUUGAGUGGAUUCACCCAUGGGGAUUAAUGAGGUCAUAUUCUGUUUUAUUCCACUUUAAUAAACAGGGUUGCAAAAAAGAUGACACUGAUGUGAACCUCCUAGGGUGGUCCUGGGCCAUGCCCCCCCUGGAAGAUUUAAAAAAUAUAUCGUUUUGUGGAAUUUAGCACAAGGAUAUAGAAAGUAUGUAUAUAGAUGUCUAGAGAAAGAUUACAAAAGCAAUGUAAGGGGACAUCUCACUUCUUUAUCUCCAUUGUCUUCUAAUGAAAAUACCUCAUCAUACUCUAGAUAUGUUCUUGUUUUAUAUUAUACUGUAACAUGUUAACAUAUGUUUGAUAUCCUAUUCAAUUUUAUCUUAUAUUGUCGUACUUCACAACAUAUUAAGUUAAAUCUUAAACUGUUAUAACUUUUAUUAUGUACUGUAUACUUGGUAAACUCAAAGCUUUAACACUACAUGUCGUCAUUCAUCCAUUCACACCCAUUCAUACACUGAUGACAGGAGCUACUGUUGUGGAAGAUUUCUUUGUUAAUCGGGAGAAGAUUC